UCUUCACGGGCUGGAGUUUUUGGGGUGUUUUCAGAAAAAAAAGGCCAGUGUUGUGUGUAGAUGAGGUUGAAGUUUCAGUUUGUGUUGGAUACCUGAAGUCCUAGCCACCUCGUCAAUGAUGGAAACAUUCCACGAUCAGGAAGGCUACAAUCCGGAGGACACUUCCUCUCUCAGGGGCGAGUCGGUACUGGAUAAGGCUGGUGGAGACAAGGAAUCCAGGGAGAAAGUUGAUCUUUCUCAAAAGCCUCCCUACUCUUAUGUGGCUCUCAUAGCGAUGGCAAUCAAGGACAGCCAGGAGAAAAGACUUACUCUCAAUGGCAUCUACCAGUACAUCGUUGCCAAAUUCCCUUACUAUGAGAAAAACAAGAAAGGGUGGCAAAAUAGCAUCAGACACAAUCUGAGUCUGAACGAAUGUUUUGUCAAAGUUCCCCGGGAAGGUGGAGGGGAGCGGAAGGGUAACUACUGGACACUGGACCCCGCUUUCGAGGACAUGUUUGACAAAGGGAACUAUAGGAGGAGGAGAAGGGUUAAGAGACCGUACAGACCCUCCUCCUCUCCGUUUCUGCCCGGGAAGCCAUGUGUGAAUUACUCGGAGCCGUUUUAUUACCAAACCUCCAAAUAUCUGCAGACUCCCUUUGCCGGCAACUCAUGGUCCAUGGGGCAAGGACAGAGCACUGCCUCCGUGAACUACCACCAGUCCUGCCAGGCAGUAAAUGGCAACGUCAGCCCGGUUCAAAUGAAUGGACUCACCUCAUCCUACGGCCCUUACUCUUCGAUGCAAAACUUGCCUUUGGUCCCCGGGCCGGCUAGCCCUUACGCCGGGAUGAGCCAACAGAUGAGCCCGGGGACGCACGCAGCGGGCAGCGGAUACCAGCUCUCAUGCGCACGGCAACGCGAGGUCCCUGUCAUGCACUGCUCCUAUUGGGAGUACGGACCUAUGACCACCAGAUUAGAUAUGUAACUUGCCAGGACAUUUAAAGUGCAUAUCAUCACUGACGGUGGUAAGACAUUUUCUUUGAAAAGUGCCAAAAAAGUAGAAGUUUGAAUUGUUUUCCUGGUUGUCAAACUGAGGUGCAUUUGCUGGAAAAUAGAAUGGACCCAGCACACACCGAAACAAGUCAAGCGUUGAGUAAAAGCUGACUUUGAGCCUGAGUUGUGAACCUUGUUGGUACCCCGCUGGAGAGUGGGGGGAGGAGGCGGAAAAUCUGUGUUUGCUGUCUCAGAGGAAGCAAAAAAAAUUGGACUAUUAAAAGGGGAAAAAGAGCGAUGGUUGUUUGAGAUUGUUAACAGGGUUUAUUUACUUAAAUAGUGCUUAAAUUGUUUGAUGUGUUGCAUUGUGUGAGUUUUGAUCUGUUCGUCUUUGGUAAAUCAAUAUGUUC